CCGUGCUGCACAGGACCUGAAGCACUUUGGUUCCACCCAGCUGCUCGCUGCUACUGGGUUUGGUUGCCGCAUCCCUGCCGCCUUCCUACAAGUGUCCAGCCCUGGUGCUGGAUUUCGUGCUGCCUUUUGAAACUCAAAGAAAGGGUCUGUGAAAGAUUCUCCGUCCUUAAGCCACCAUGUCUGAGCAGGAUCACACCGCCACCAAUAAAAAACGUGCGCGCGACAAUGUCCGCCGCGCUUCCACGGCCAGCAAGCAGCCUUCGAAGUCAUCAAGAAAAAAAUCCGUGGCCAGCGCGCGUGACUCCGAGGCAGCACAAGACGAACAAUCGAGAGAGCCAACGGCAGCGAACGUUGAAAUGACCCCGAAAAAAAUGUCAAAGAACAAACGACGAAAGUCAUCAGUAGCUCCCGCUGAUAGCCGUCGCGGACAAUCGUCCGACACCAUCGGUGCAAGCAAACGCAAGAGUUCCGCCAUCAAACAGAAACAGCCCGCAUUGUCCGCGGAUGUCCCCUCACAACCUUCUUUUUCGAUCCCCAUAGCCAAGACCGAGGAUUCGGGGUCCGCCGUGCCCACUUGGGACACAGAGAAAUCGGCCCUCCCGGCAGCCUCCCACGUCCCGCUUGUUCCAGCACUAGAGGAGCAGUCAUCUGCUGCCGGUCUGGCUAAGCAGCAGGCUACCGCGGACAAGCCAAAAACAGUGAGCUCCCAAGUAUUGCUCGCAAAGUUUGCGAGGCACGCAGACAAGCAAGCUACAUCCAAGCCACCCGAAGACGUCAAGGCCGAAAGUGAGGUGUCAGGAGUCGCGGCAGAUGGCUCGGGCUCGACGCCUGCUGCUCCGAUUCCGUCCGUGGCGAGUGGCUGUGCCUCGAAAGAAGAUGCGCGACCGGCCUCCGCCGCUGCAGCCCGCGUCUCGUCGGCCGCCGGUGUAGAGGUGACGGUGCUCUCUCCCCCGCCUACGAAAGACGUUCUCGGCGCUGGCGUGACCUCUCCGCAGGACACCGUGCUCGCCAGCGGCACUCAAGCUGUCCCGUCGCCUGCCGUACCUCAUUUUAAGCGGGCAAUGAGCUUGCGAGAAAAGCUGAAGGCGAGCAGUAACUUGAGUCCCAUCUCACUCCACCUGACAUCUUUCGACGUGGCCGCCAUGGCAAAGACUCCCAAGGAAUUCCUUAGUGGAACGGUACAGUUCUUCACGAAGAGGCAUGCUAUUAUAAGCAUCGUGGUGGUCGCCACGGUCUUCUUGGCGGUGACGGCCUUUCUUCUCACCCGCGCGUCGAACAGACCGAGGCACAAGGAAAAACUGUGCGUCACAGACGACUGUCUCCUCCACGCAAGCCUCCUCAUGCGCGCUGCUGAGCCAAACAUUGACGCCUGCGACGAUUUCCGGGCCCACGUCUGCUCCAACUGGUCGCCGCAGACACAGCGCAAACACUUGAAGGAAUUCGACGGGUCAACGAUGGAAGACAUGGUCUACUCCUGGUUUGCAGGCUUAAGUGCAACUUUAGAGCAAGGCUCUCAGGUUUUCCCUGUUGGCAAAAAGCCACUGGCCAUGCUAGAGUCUUGCUUGAGCAACUCCUCAAUGUACGGGUCCAGAAUACAGCAGUUACAGACGUUUAUGACGCAAUACCUGGAACUUUACUGGCCUAAGCCACCUCACGAAAAUGUCGACGCCCUUCGCGUACUGAUUACGCUCGCCUACUUCUUCCAGGCCCCACUUUGGUUUGUAGUGCGACCGACCAUGGCACGCCGACGAACAGAGGAAGGCCGGUGGACAAUCGUGCUCAAACCAGCGCCUCUGAUCAACCGCUACUUUCGUCAGCACAAUGUUGUGAAAGGCAGUGGGCCGACCGCCUAUAUGAAAUACUGGAUGGAGUUCUACCAUGCUUUCUCCAACGACAGCACAGCAGCAAGCGAGGAGCGUGCAAUCCAAGCAGAGCAGCUCGAAGGAAAAAUUCUCAAAGUGCUCAGUGACGCCGUCAAGGCGUUACCAAAACACCCCGCGGUACUUCCCAUCGGCCAACUGGAGACAUACACGCCGACUGUGAGUUCGUCACGAUGGUUGGCGCACCUCCAGAGCACCGUCUACGACAUGCAGAGCACCGUCGACGUCUCGCUAAGUUCGCGAGACGCUGCACUCAUCACCGACAGAGCUUUCUUCGUUACUGUCGGCGAGUUGUUCAAGAACUACACCAACAAGCAGAUCUUGGAGUUCCUAGAGUGGCAGUUUGUCCAGCAUUACACGCCAGUGGUGGACAGCAGAUUCCUGAUAUCUAUGUAUGGCGACAAUAGCACAGCCAUAAACCUUCGAACAGCCUUCUGCAGCUACCACGUCGAGGUGCCGUACAAGGCGCUCAUUCCGUCUCUGCACUUUGCUUCCCAGAUAACAAACAGCGUUCAGCAAAUGAUCGACCACGGCUACAAGCGCCUCGUGUCGACGGCAGUUAGGCUUGUCAAUGAGUCCGCGUGGCUCGACUCUGAAAGCAGAGUGGUGGCUGCCGAAAAGCUCGCAUCUGCCAAUUUGCGACUCUGGCCUCCCGCCGCCUUCCUGGAUAAGGAAAAUUUGGCAAAGAUAUUUCGUGCUUUUCCUGAUGCUCUUCCAUCUUUUGGGGAAUACUGGCUCGCGUCCACUCUAAACUUGAUUAAUCUAAAUAGGACGCCAGAAUACGAAGAAAUGCUCGACAUGCCGCUAAACUAUGCGCUUCCCUACUUUGACUAUGACUACGUGGAGAACUCCGUGGGUGUCGCUGUCGGAGCAGUCAACAUUCCUCUGUACUACAGGAGAGGCACCAAGGCCAUGUUCUACGGAGGAUUCGGGUUCUCGGUGGCAUUCCAACUUGCGAAGGCCCUCGAUGAGGAGGGCAUUCGGUGGCAUCCAAAGGGGCUACCUGUCAAGUCAAUUCUGAGCGCCUCCUCGCAGGAAGCCUUCGACGACAGGUACAGUUGCGUCGCCCGAACCACAGCAGAAAACGAAACGCUGUUUCCGGAGAUACCCGCGCUGGAGAUUGCUUACACUGCGUUCCUCGAUGAGGUCGGUGAUCCUGAAAGCACGACGCACAUCAGCAAGAACUUGAGCGAGUUGAAAGUGUUCUUUAUGACCAUCUGCCACAUGACUUGCACGCGAAGCGGCAUCACCGAACCUUUCUCGGCAGACUGCAACAAACUCGUGCGACACUCGUCGGCUUUUGCCAAAGCGUUCCGUUGUCCAGUGGGAUCCAAAAUGAACCCGAAGAAUAGAUGUACCUUUUUUUACUGAGCAGCGCCACGUUUUGUGGGGUCAGCGUUUUAUUUUGGCUCCAAACUAUGAUAUUUUUGAACCUAGUAAUGUUUUAUGAAACAUUAAUAAUUAUAUUAUUUUACAUCAUCUUACAAGAUCUACUUUUAGCUUAAUGAUGGAAAUUUAUAACACGCACAUUUCUGUCUUUGUUAGACCUCUUGGGUCAUGUAACAUAGAUAACACUUUCACCUUUUUUAGAUAAUUGUGGGGGAUCCUCCCUUGUAUCUAAAGUGGAACUUUGCAGUAGCUCUUGUUUCACAACGCAGAUUCACCGUUCUUGAACAAUAUAUAACCAAUAUAACGUUUCUACAGCCUCACUCAAAUAAGAUCGCUUGCAUCGUAGCUAGUACCAUAGCAGUGCUGAGGUUGUGCCUAAGAGACAUAAAGCCAAGAUCAGGCUCUCUAAACGGGGCAAUCAGUGUGCCUCAACCACGACGGCUACGAGGGGAAAUCAGAAAGUCUUUGCCCCUAUUUUUUAUUAGCCAAAAUAAGGUACAUACAGGUAAUCACAAAUAUAACGUACCAUUAAACGUGACUUACACUAUUUUUGCACAUAGUCCCCGCACUGGUUGAGAGAUUUGCCCCAUCGCAGCACUAAAGUUGAGAGCCCCAAUCGGAAAUCUUUUCGUUAGUCAGCGAAGUACGCGGCCUCCCCGAACACUCAUAUUCAUGCAAGUCUUCACGGCCUUUUGUGAACUCGCGACACCACCACCACCUCGCACUUCUCAAUGCAAGACACCGUUCCCCAACAUGCGCAGCAUUUCCCUAUGGAUUUUGAUGAGCGUUCGCCCCUUGCUCCAUAGAAAACUUCGUUGCUCGUACACCGUGGAAGCGUGAAGCACAACCGCCAUCUUCAACAACUGACAGCAGCUCCGUGCCGCAGAGCUACCGGCAUGUAACGCCGGACCGGUCCAAGAAAGGUCCGUCGCUGGGAGUGUACUUCGCAUUUACAGCCGUAGUUUGGCUUCGAAAAUAGGGGCAACGAUUUUCUGAUUCGUCUUCGCAUUUUGGUGUCGUUGACUGAGAAACGUUCGAGAAACAGUGUUAUCUGUAUGUGUCCGUGCGUGUGUGUGUGUGUUUCUAGUUUUGAUAUUUGAUACAUGUUUUAAGCCAUACUAGGAAUAAUUGCAGUAAAUAUUCAGCUGCUACGUUAUAGAAACACUUCCGGCAAUGAGUCCCUGUAAAGAUAUGAUGUACCAAAAGCGAUAAAUCCGAAUCACUGUUUGGCUAGUA